AUGUUGAGCGACUUGAAGCAUCAUGUGGUGCUGGAGGUGUCCCAGUUCAGAGUGGAGGAAUGCGCCACUUCUCAGUUCACCUGGGCGCAGGGCCUCGGUGGUGGGUUUGAUGCUCCCCAUGCCGCCUAUGUGUCUACUAGUGCAGAGGGCAGCGGCGUGGGGAAACCUUCAGAGCCCCCUGUGGCCGGCACUCGUUGUAAACCUGUGUCGGGUACUGAAGUGGUGUCUGCAGCUCAAAGCGGUUGUGUCCGUUUGAGUUUUGAAUUUCAAUUGGCGGAACAGACGACGGUGCUAUGGGAAACUGUCGUAGUUGGCCGCCGUCUAUACUUGUCCAUCUUGCAUCUACCAGAGGGCAGCAAAGAGGCAUUUGUGUCACUAUUGGAGUAUGCUGAGGAAGUCCUUGGAUGCUCUCAUGUACUAAUUUGCUUCAAGAAGGACCGCAGUGAUCGAGCUAUGCUGAUCCGCACCUUCAUGUUCCUUGGAUUUGUGGCCAUACCACCAGGCCACCCACUGGCGCCCGCCAAUAAUGAUCACUUCUACAUGCUCUAUGAGAUCGAGUAGUAUCUGCACAGGUUAAUGGUUCUGUAUUAUGCUUGGGUUAAACCAGGUUACAUGUAGUUAAUAGGAAAUUUAAUAGAAUUUUAUCUUGUAGUUUUAAGAUCUUGAUAUUCAGAAUUAUGCUUGUGUAACCUGGUUAAUCAAAGUAUUGAGAUUCCCCAGGCUGUCUCGUUGUUGUGGAGUGGGAUAGAAAUAUCUUUGUGGCAGAUACAGGAGGGAGGGAAGGAGUGCCUGCCUGCAUUAUUUUCUCCAUUGAGCCUUGAACAGUGUUGCUUUGAUAUACUGUAAUUAUCCAAUGCAACUCUUACAGAUGAUCUGUAUUCAUAGUAUCAGAGGCUCAAUCACAUUGUUGAUUUAAGAUUGCACUAUAGCUAAGUUUCUUGUAUAUUUAGAAUUUUUGUAUGGUGAUGUAUUUGUGAUAACAUGUGGACCAAAGAAUAUUUUUUCUUUAAUUUUCAUUAUAUUUUGGUAUGUAAUUGCCAUAAUUAUACUCAAGAUAGAUAUGGUUUUUGUUGCAGAGCAUCCACAGUUACAAACCAUUCAAGCAUUAUCAUUUUAUGGCUAAGCUUUGCACUCAUUAGGUGUUGACUGAUGUAAAGUGUGCUCCUGGAUCGAGUGUUUUCUGUCAAGCUCCAUGGUAACCUCUGGCAUCUGUUGCUAGUAAGACACAUAUAUCAAAAUUGAAAAUGUAAAAAAAAAAGUGGAAAAUAAUAAAAGGACAAAAAAAAGUUGAUAUUCAUUCCAUGUAUGUUUUUGAAUCCUUGUAGAAUCCCAAUGUGGAAUUAAUUUUGUCACUGGAUUUUUUUUUAUAUAGACUUAAAUGGUUGACAUUGACACUGAUAGUCAUUCAACAGCUCAGUCAUUAUGGUUUUGUAAUACAAUUUUCUUUCAUUGUAUUGGGAGAAAUAAUGAGUGGUUCCUUUUAUUGUUCAUAUAUUCAAUAAAUUGCCCAACUGUAAA